ACCUCAGGUGCUGAUGAUGAAUCUGGCUGCUUUUUUCUGCGAAAACCGCCAACUUUCUCUCCCUCUCUUCUUCUUCUACAUCUCUGUGUGUUUCUGAAGCGCACCAGCAUGCAGAACUCCCCGAGUGAAGACAAGACCCCUGUUGUGGGUUCUUCCUCCAGCCCUCCGGUUGGAGGCCUUUGCUUCUCUGACGGCAGACGGAAAGUUGACUACGUUCUAGUCUCACACCAGCGGCGGCGCGGCUCCAUACGGUCUUUUGUCAGCACCUCGGUGUCCCACGACAGGUUAUCUAUUGUUUCCAACGGCAACUUUCCUACGUCGGUGGGCUCCGAUGCGGCGGCAGGAAGAGGAGGCGGCGUACCGGGAGGGGAGGUCGCGAGUGUCGGCGAGGUGUUCAUGGAGAUGGGAGGUGCAGCAGGGAACGAGCUGACGGAGCCUGCGGACCAUGAGAUGCAUCUCAUCAGGCAGGAGUUUGAGGCCAGCCUGCUGGAGGCCGGCCUGGAGAUAGAGAGAGACCGAGAGUUAAAGACCCACGGCCCCAGCUUCACUCGUAUUCAUGCACCCUGGCCCGUACUGUGUCGGGAGGCCGAGUUUCUCCGGAUUAAAGUCCCCACCAAGGCGAGUUAUGAACUUAAAGAAGAAAGUGGUUUCGGCUCCACUAUGAGCACAGUGUGGAGGAAAAUGAACCAGCCUUUCCAGCCCAAAGUCCCACAUCAGGACCAAGAACGCACCAAGUUCCUCACACACUGCUUCUCCAGGGACAAACUCCACCUGUACAACAUCCCAUCUAAAGACACUUUCUUCGACAAUGCCACCAGGGGCCGAAUAGUGUAUGAGAUCCUGAGACGGACGGUGUGUGUACGAACCUGUCAGACCAUAGGCAUCAGCACAUUGAUAGCUAAAGGCGUGUAUGACGCUGCCUUCCCUCUUCACGAUGGGGACUACAAGGUCCUGGGACAGCUUGAGGAGAGGAGCGACAGACAGGUUCUGAAUGACGAGUGGGCCAGAUAUUCCGCCUUUUACAAGUACCAGCCCAUUGAUCUGGUCAGGAAGUACUUUGGGGAGAAGAUCGGUCUGUACUUUGCUUGGCUCGGUGUUUACACUCAGCUGCUGAUUCCAGCCUCCAUAGUGGGAAUCAUUGUGUUUGGAUACGGGGUGGCAACAGUGGAUACGAAUGUACCCAGUCUGGAGAUGUGUGACGAGCGUCUCAACUUCACCAUGUGUCCUCUGUGUGACGGUGCCUGUGACUUCUGGCAGCUCAGCACCGCCUGCGGCACCGCCAGAGCCUCACACCUCUUCGACAACCCCGCCACGGUCUUCUUCGCCAUCUUCAUGUCUCUGUGGGCGGUGCUGUUCCUGGAGCACUGGAAGCGCCGACAGAUCAGCUUGAGCUUCAGUUGGGAUCUAACGGGCAUCGAGGAUGACGAAGAACAUCCCCGGCCAAAGUACGAGACCAUCCUCCUUCAGAAGAGACAGAGGAAGCAGAAAAAUAAGAAGAAGAAGAAGAAGAAGAAUGAGCCAGAGAAGCAGGAGGACGGGACAGUGACAGGGAAGGACAGAUGGAGACAAAAACUCCUGUCUGCCAUGGCUGCAGGAAUACCGGCUGCCAUCGAGAAGUUGACUUGGAAAGACCGUCUUCCUGGAUACUUCAUUAACGUCUCCUCCAUCCUCUUUAUGUUUGGUUUGACGUUUUCAGCAGUUUUCGGCGUCAUCAUCUACCGCAUCACAGUGUCGGCCCUGAUGGCGAUGAGCCCCGACCCGGAGACCAAGUCCAAUGUCCGGGUGACGGUGACGGCCACCGCGGUCAUCAUCAACCUGGUGGUCAUUCUGAUCCUCGACGAAAUCUACGGCGCCGUGGCCCUGUGGCUGACCGAGCUCGAGAUUCCUAAAACAGAAACCCACUUUGAGGAGCGACUCAUCCUGAAAGCCUUCCUGCUCAAGUUCAUGAACGCAUACGCACCCAUCUUCUACGUGGCCUUCUUCAAGGGACGGUUUGCUGGUCGACCUGGAAAUUACGUGUAUGUCUUUAAUGAUUAUCGGAUGGAAGAGUGUGCACCAGGAGGCUGCCUCAUUGAGUUGUGCAUUCAGCUCAGCAUCAUCAUGCUGGGGAAGCAGCUCAUCCAGAACAACAUCUUUGAGAUCGGCAUCCCGAAGCUGAAGAAGCUGGUGCGAGCCAUAAAGGACAAAGGAUCAGCGGAGAAGGAGAUGGAGGAGGAGAGGCCUCCGCAGCAGUGGAACCUGGACUACGCCCUCGCUCCCUUUGAAGGCCUCACGCCUGAAUACAUGGAGAUGAUCAUCCAGUUUGGUUUCGUCUCUCUGUUCGUGGCUUCCUUCCCUCUUGCUCCGCUCUUUGCUCUGCUCAACAACGUCAUCGAGAUCCGACUGGAUGCCAAGAAGUUUGUCACGGAGCUACGCAGGCCAGUCGCCGUACGCGCUAAAGACAUCGGUAUAUGGUACAACAUACUGAGUGGAAUGGGAAAGUUCUCAGUCAUUAUAAAUGCCUUUGUGAUCUCCUUCACAUCCGACUUCAUCCCUCGGCUCGUCUACCAGUACAUGUUCAGUCAGACCGGCACCAUGCACGGCUUCAUUGACCACACGCUCUCCUACUUCAACGUGUCCAAUUUUAAACCCGGCACGGCACCGCAGAACUUAGAACAAGGAGACAUCACCGUUUGCCGGUACAAAGACUACAGGGAGCCGCCCUGGUCUCCAGACGCCUACACAUUCUCCAAACAGUACUGGUGCGUCCUGGCCGCACGGCUGGCUUUCGUCAUCUUGUUCCAGAACCUGGUGAUGUUUCUCAGCCUCGUGGUCGCCUGGGGGAUCCCUGACGUUCCCAAAACGAUCGUGGAGCAGUUCAAACGGGAGAAGAAGCUCCUGGUUGACGUCUUCUUACGGGAAGAAAAGGAAAAAUUCCAGCUCAUCCAAAGCCUCUUCUCCAAGGACGCCACCCUCCACCCGGGCACCCACCCGCUCCACCCAGGCCAGGGCUUACCCCUCCCGGGCCGCUACAAUACUCUGCCCCCAGGACCGACGCAGGGCUCGGCUGGAGACGGAGGAGGGCCGAGGGCGAGGUGCAGGGCCGCCAGCUUUAGCCAGUUCUCCAGGAACAUUCCCCCGUCGCCCAGAAGUGAAAAUGAGAAUUCGAGACACACGGCGGUGUGACGCGGAACACUGCCGGGUGCUGCAGCUGGGCCGCAGGACUGCACAUGUUGCUCCCUGGAUGUCUUUGCCUGUGUCUUUUGUGUCCUGGUGUGUCUGACACAGUAGUGCUGUGAUUUCAAACGAUCACAUUCCAAGCUAGUUAGCUUCACUGGUCUCCGUGUGGGUGAACUGUCCACACUGGUUGAGUGUCUGUGGUGUCCCUCCUACCUGCACCGACUCUUUUUACUUUUUGGUAAAAAUAUAACCGAUUUACCGAGGCACAGUUGCUUCAUAGCGUAGACAAGCAAUAAUUACAGUGUUAGGCAGAACAAUGGGAUGUUAUAGGAAGAACGAAGGGACAGAUUCAGGGAUGGACACGGGCCGGGAACUGUCAGAACUUUCCUGCUUUAUGUGCUUUUGCUCUUUAUGUAUUUUUGUUUUGAACAGAAUUUGUAGCAGCUGCAACAUUCCACAUGUCCUGUACUUUUCCGUGGUACUGAAAGCACACAGGAGCCUCCCAGAACAGUCCAUCCUUCUCUGUGUUCCAGCUGAUUUCUCUUCACAGACUUCAGGAAUCACUUAGGAUCAUUUUUACUUUACUAAGAUUGUAAUGUUAGUCAAUACACAGCUGCCGGUCCUCCUGCUCUGCGGAUGCACAUGCCAAUGUGGCACACUGUUGCAUGCCACGCAUAGAUCAUAGACCGUUUUAGAAAUAGAUUAUCUGUGAAGCAAAUGUUUUUCCUGUUAGCCAUAUGGACUGAGUGCAGAAUGACUUCAUAACUACACUGAAUAACUCCAGUGAACUAGAAAUGAUCUCUUUCCUUCCUUAUGAAAUACCAAACUGUAUACUCUGACACUCCUGCAGGUAAGUAAUAAAUCUGGGUUACUGCCCAAAUAGAAGAGUUGUGUCUCGCAUAAAAUAACUUCCUGGGGUCACGCCACCUCUGGCGGCCAGGUUUGAAGUCUUCAGCUCUUAUUUUGUACUUCUGGGCGUUUCGUCUUAUUAGCAUACUCAUAAAAUUAUCUUUUGCAUGUUAAGUCAAACUGAUAUUUGAAUCCUCCUCACGUUGGUGCAAUGAAACAGAAGCUAUAAUGAUGCUGCAGUUUAUGUGCAUAACUCCUACCUUUCAAGAAACGUCGUCGUCGUCCAGCGGACUGAAAGUUGAUAGAAAAAUAACUUCCGAGGUGCGUUUCUUAUUGUAGCCUCGAGACAGUAAUACGAGACGUUUCCCCGUUUUCUCAACAAGCACACAGUUCAUUAAAUUCUGUUCACAGGAGCACAGCAUUCAGUGUGUGAUAUUACGAAGCUUGUUAGUGCCUACACUAAAUUUGGGACGGCUCAAUACCAGUAAUGAUGGUAUCAUGGCAGCAAAUGAACAAAAUGUUUUAUCAUUGAUCUGAUCUUUUAUUUUGUAUUUCGGGCUUUUUUGCCCAGGCAGUCCUCCAUUGCAGACAGUUUUACAGGAUUAUAUUCACAUCUGUAAAGGACAUCAUACAUUAUCUCAGGUUUCCUCUUUAGGCUUCUCUACUUACACUGUAGACCCGUUCUCCUUCGGCACCAGAAGAAGAGCGAAGAGGGAAACUGUCUGAUCUCGGGGGUCUGUGUGAAGACCGGGAGCAGCUGUUUUCCCUGCAGCUCAGCUCUCCUGCGACUGGACCCGAUACAGAACAUGUUUCAUCAAUACAAAAUACUCUGACAUUCAUUAGUCCCUUUAUAACCAAGGAAAGCUGAAUGUUUUUCUGGCAAGAUGGUGCAGACUGAAAGAGUGAACCUGCUCCUGAGAACUCCAUGUGGACGCUCCGUGUGUUUCCUAACACUACUCGAUACGACACUAGUUUAUUAGGGUGUUUGAGAGUUUUCAGGACCCCUAGUGGUCACAAAGGACUUAAUGAAGCUUUAAAUGUCUCUUCUGAUCCUCGGACCACUUGAUCACAGUUGGUAGGUUAAUGUACCUUCUCCAUCAUGGGAUGAAUCAAGACUUAAAGGGUGAAUCAACAGGAGAGAAGUGUUAUUAACCACCUGACAAAUAUGAAGGAUUAAGUAUAUACUGUAAGUUUAUAAAGUGAGGUUUCAAAAUCAUAAGAAUAUAAGCAGUAUUGUUUAUUGGUCUACAGAGGGCUGAUUACAGUACACAUGUUCAGU